GUGUCACAAAUUCAAAAAUUGCAAAGAACAACCAUAAUAGAAAUGCAGAAUAGGGAAGAUGACAUGAAGAAUCUAUACGAAGCAUCAAUAAAAGGUGAUACAUCUACUCUCAACAUUUUACUCCAAAAAGAUCCGCUCAUUCUCCACAGAAUUUCACUCUCCACCUUCACUGAAUCUCCUCUCCACAUAUCAUCCUUGCUCGGCCAUGCAGAUUUCGCCAAAUCUCUUCUCAACCAGAAACCGAAGCUCGCCGCCGAGUUGGACUCUCAAGGACAAUCUCCUCUUCAUAUGGCUUCUGCUGAGGGAAAUAUGGAGAUUAUUAAUGUGUUGUUGAGCAUUAACGCCGACGUCUGCUUGGUUCCUGAUCAGAAUGGAAGAAUUCCUAUUCAUUUAGCGGUGAUGAGAGGACGAACUGAGGUCAUACAGCAGUUGAUCAGAGCUUGUCCUGAAUCAUCUCGGGCGAAAACCAACGGUGGCGAUACUGUUUUACACUUGUGUGUUAAGUAUAGCCAUUUGGAAUCGCUGAAAUUGUUGGUGCCGUUUUUUAGUGAAGAUGCCGAAUUUCUUAACUCCAUGGAUAAUGAUGGGAACAGUGUCUUGCAUUUGGCUGUGAUUAUGAAACAAGUGGAGACAAUCAAGUACUUGGUAUCAAUACCUGAUAUAAAAGUGGAAGCUACCACAUUAUCUUCAAUCUUCAAAGAAUACCCAAUAAAUAUCAAAAAAUUUCCAUCAGGACAAAACUCAAAUAACUCAGAGAAUGGUGGAGAUUGGUUAGAAAAAGCAAGAGGAAAUCUCAUGGUUGUAGCAACUGUAAUAGCAGGAAUGGCAUUCCAAGCAGCAAUGAAUCCACCAGGAGGAGUUUGGGAAUCAGAUAAUAAAGAAUGUUUUACAUCAGAAGGACAAAUGAGAACAUGCAAAGCAGGAACUUCAAUAUUAGCAUAUACUGAUAAAACAAGACAUCAUCAAUUUAUCCUCGACAACACAAUAUCCUUUUCAGCAUCAUUAACAACAAUUUUUUUACUUAUUAGCGGAGUUCCUUUGAAGAAAAAGGUAUAUAUUUGGAUUUUGCUGAUGGGUAUGUGUGUAGCAUUGGUUUUUACAUCUGCUACUUAUUUAGUCACACUUGCAGCCAUUAAAGCGCCUGGUGAUAAAGUGGUUGAUCUUAGUAUUUAUACCUACUCAUGGUUUUGGACUAUGAUAGUUGUUUUUGUUGUUGCAUUUUACACAUUUAAGUUCAUGGUUCAUUUCAUCAAGAAAAUAUUUGUUAGUUUAUUCCAUGGAAAAGUUCCCUUGUUUAGUACUGUAAGCAACAAAGGCUCUGUGAUUGUUUGAGAAGAGUAGUACGAGCAAUUCUCAGCACUUAACGUAUCUUUUUUUUGGAUAAUAAAACAACUAUGAUUCUUGAAUA